AAAAAGGAUAUAUAAAUUGUUGUUGUAGAUUUCUCUUUAUUUCUCUUUAUUUCUCUCUCUCUUUUCUUUUCAUUUUCAUGAGCACCUCACUUGGACGCCCUUAUCAGUGUAACUUUUGCCACAAAUCAUUUUAUAGAUUAGAGCAUAAAGUACGUCACGUACGUACACACACAGGAGAAAAACCCCAUCAAUGUACAUUCCCCCAAUGCGAUAAAAAGUUUGCUCGUUCCGACGAAUUAAGUCGACAUAUUCGUGUUCAUACUGCUCCGCCAUCGGUGCUAUUACAACGACGUAGAAAGAUUCGUCGAUUUAAUCAUACAUCUAAAACCUCAAGGUCUCUAGAUGAUGAGGAAGCUUAUCUAAAGCAACAACAACAUUGCUCUAUCCUUCGAUUCAUUCAUCCAAGCCAACAACAACAACAACAGCAGAACAUACAGCAGCAGCAACAGCCAAUACAACAAAAGGCUAGAAUGAGUCCAUAUAAACAAUCCUGCGCCAAAUUAAAUCAUUGCCCCGUUUCAAGUUGUUUUAAAUCUUUUUGGCGAAAAGGUCAAUUAGCUCGUCAUAUUGAGAAACAGCAUAAUGUAUUACUUUCCUAUGACGAAUUAGAUGACGUCGACAAACUUUCCUUAAUGUUUAAUGCACCACCUUCACCUUGUCUGUCUUUACCAAGUUCCUGUUCUUCAGCAGCAGAGGAAGAAUGGUCGCCAAAGGAAGCUUAUUUACCUCCACUGGACUAUAAACCAAUCAUGUGUGACACAAAUCGUUUACCUUCAAUCAAAUCUUUAUUAAUUAUGCAACAAACCUUCCCCUAAUAAUAACAAUAAUAAUAAUAUAAUCCCCCCCUCCCUCCCUCCCUCCCUCCCAACCACCAUCACCAUCCCAACAGCCCCCCCUUUCAAAUUCUCCCCCUUUUUUUUUCCCUUGUAUGUUUUGGGGUGGUUGUAUGUAAAUAUCGUAAAACUCUCCUUGCUGAACCAUGAUUUAUUACUAUUCUAUGCCUAUUAAUAAACAUUUCACAUAUAUAUAUUGCCUAUAAAAAA